AUGUACGUAGAUACGUCAUUCAUAUUUUAUUUUGAAACAUUUUCAUUUUCAGAUCAGCAGUUGUGUGAUCCUGGUGAAUUUCUUUGCCACGAUCAUGUGACUUGUGUCUCUCAGAGCUGGCUGUGCGAUGGGGACCCUGACUGCCCUGAUGAUUCGGACGAAUCUUUAGACACCUGUCCUGAGGAGGUGGAAAUCAAGUGUUCCUUGAAUCAUAUUGCUUGUCUUGGUACCAACGAAUGUGUCCAUCUAUCCCAACUGUGCAAUGGUGUCCUGGAUUGCUCCGAUGGGUACGACGAAGGAGCACACUGCCGUGAUUUGUUACCCAGUUGCCAGCAGUUGAAUUGUCAGUACAAGUGUGCAAUGGUCAGAAAUAGUACAAGAUGUUACUGUGAAGAUGGCUUUGAAAUAAAAGAAGAUGGGAGAAGCUGUGAAGAUCAAGAUGAAUGUGCUCUUUAUGGAACCUGUAGCCAGACCUGCGUGAAUACGCACGGCUCCUAUGCCUGCGGGUGUGUAGAGGGCUACAUAAUGCAACCAAACAACAGGUCUUGCAAGGCCAAAGCUGAACCUACAGACAGGCCACCUAUACUAUUAAUUGCAAAUUAUGACACAAUUGAGAUUUUCUAUCUUAAUGGAAGUAAAAUGGCAACUCUACACUCAGUCAACGGAAAUGAAAUUCAUACAUUGGAUUUUAUUUACAAGGAGGAGAUGAUCUGUUGGGUUGAAUCAAGAGAUACUUCAAAUCAACUCAAAUGUAUUCAAAUAACAAAAACAGGAAGAGUGACAGAUGAGUGGACAAUCAAUAUUCUUCAGUCCUUCCACAAUGUGGAACAGAUGGCCAUUGACUGGCUCACCAGAAAUCUUUAUUUUGCGGACCAUGUCAGUGACAGAAUCUUUGCUUGUAAUUUCAACGGAUCUGUGUGUGUCACCUUGAUUGACCUCGACCUUCAGAAUCCUAAGGCAAUAGCAGUAGAUCCAAUUGCAGGAAAACUUUUCUUUACCGACUACGGGAACGUUGCCAAAGUGGAAAGAUGCGACAUGGACGGCGCGAACAGAACGAGGAUCGUUGAUUCGAAGGCAGAGCAGCCGGCGGCACUGACGCUAGACCUCAUCAACAAGCUGGUUUACUGGGUAGAUCUGUACUUGGACUACAUCGGCGUGGUGGACUAUCAAGGAAAGAGGAGACAUACUAUCAUUCAAGGCAGAAAAGCCAGACAUCUUUACGGUAUAACUGUGUUUGAAGACUAUUUAUAUGCAAUCAAUUCUGAUAGCUUCAAUAUCGUAAGAAUAAACAGAUUUAAUGGCACAGAUAUUCAUUCAUUAAUUAAAAUGGAAAGACCUCGAGGAGCUCGAAUAUAUCAAAAAAGAACUCAGCCAGCAGUCAGAAGCCAUGCAUGUGAAGUGGAUCCAUAUGGAAUGCCAGGAGGCUGUUCACACAUCUGUCUGCUCAGUGGCAGUUACAAAACGCGGACUUGUCGCUGCAGGACUGGCUUCAACUUGGGGAGUGAUGGCAGGUCAUGCAAAAGACCAAAGAAUGAGUUGUUCCUCUUUUAUGGGAAAGGACGCCCAGGAAUCGUUAGAGGAAUGGACUUAAAUACCAAGAUAGCUGAUGAAUACAUGAUUCCCAUAGAAAAUCUGGUAAACCCUCGUGCUGUAGAUUUUCAUGCAGAAACCAAUUACAUCUACUUCGCCGACACCACCAGUUUCCUAAUUGGCCGGCAGAAGAUAGAUGGCACAGAGCGAGAAACCAUUCUGAAAGAUGAUUUAGAUAACGUAGAAGGUAUUGCAGUAGACUGGAUUGGAAAUAACCUUUACUGGACAAAUGACGGCCAUCGAAAAACCAUUAAUGUGGCCAGGUUGGAAAAAGCUUCUCAGAGUAGGAAGACUCUUUUAGAGGGAGAAAUGUCCCACCCUAGAGGGAUUGUGGUGGAUCCAGUUAAUGGUUGGAUGUACUGGACAGACUGGGAGGAAGAUGAAGUAGAUGCCAGUGUGGGAAGGAUCGAGAAGGCUUGGAUGGAUGGCUUCAAUCGGCAGAUUUUUGUGACUUCGAAGAUGCUUUGGCCGAACGGUUUAACUCUGGACUUCCACACCAGCACACUGUACUGGUGUGAUGCCUAUUAUGAUCACAUCGAGAAAGUGUUUUUGAAUGGCACGCACAGGAAGGUUGUUUAUAGUGGCAAAGAGUUGAACCAUCCUUUUGGCUUGUCACACCAUGGAAACUAUGUGUUCUGGACCGAUUAUAUGAAUGGUUCCAUUUUUCAACUGGAUCUGAUAAUGAAUGAGGUGACAUUACUGAGGCAUGAAAGACCACCCCUGUUCGGGCUUCAGAUUUAUGAUCCACGAAAACAACAAGGUGACAAUAUGUGCCGAGUAAACAAUGGGGGAUGCAGCACCCUUUGCCUGGCUAUUCCCGCAGGCCGAGUGUGUGCGUGUGCUGACAAUCAGCUUCUGGAUGAAAACGGGACAACUUGCACGUUUAACCCUGGGGAAGUGUUGCCUCACAUUUGUAAAGCUGGAGAAUUUCGCUGCAGGAACAGACACUGCAUCCAGUCCCGGUGGAAAUGUGACGGAGACGAUGACUGCCUCGAUGGAAGUGAUGAGGACCCGAUCAACUGCUUCAAUCAUAGCUGUCCUGAGGACCAGUUUAAAUGCCAGAAUAAUCGCUGUAUCCCCAAGCGAUGGCUUUGUGAUGGAGCUAAUGACUGCGGAAGCAAUGAAGAUGAAGCCAAUCAAACUUGCGCAGCCAGGACAUGCCAAGCAGACCACUUUUCUUGUGGAAAUGGGAGGUGCAUACCCAGAGCAUGGCUGUGUGACAGGGAAGAUGACUGUGCUGACCAGACGGAUGAAAUGACAACUUGCGAAUUCCCCACUUGUGAGCCGCUGACUCAAUUUAUAUGCAAAAAUGGAAGAUGCAUCAGCAGCAAAUGGCACUGCGAUUCUGAUGAUGACUGUGGGGACGGAAGUGAUGAGCUGGCCUGUGUUCACUCUUGCUUUGACGAUCAGUUCCGAUGUGCCAGCGGCAGAUGUAUCCCUGGCCAUUGGACCUGUGAUGGUGACAAUGACUGCGGAGACUUCAGCGACGAAACCCAAGCCAACUGCACCAAAGAAGAGAUCCGGUCUCCUGCUGGUUGUAAGGGGCACGAGUUUCAAUGCUACCCGGACGGAAACUGCAUUCCGGACCUGUGGCGCUGUGAUGGGGAAAAAGAUUGCGAAGACGGGAGUGACGAGAAGAGCUGCAAUGGCACCGUGAGACUAUGCGACUCCAACACCAAGUUUUCCUGUAGGAGUACAGGGAGAUGCAUCAACAAAGCAUGGGUAUGUGAUGGGGAUAUUGACUGUGAAGAUCAAUCAGAUGAAGAAGAUUGUGACAGUUUCUUGUGCGGACCACCCAAGUACCCUUGUGCUAAUGACACGUCAGUCUGCCUGCAGCCAGAGAAACUCUGCAAUGGGAAACGGGAUUGUCCCGAUGGGUCUGAUGAAGGCGAUCUCUGUGAUGAAUGUUCCCUGAACAACGGGGGCUGUAGCAACCAGUGUUCCGUUGUUCCUGGAAGAGGAAUUGUCUGUUCCUGCCCUAAAGGUCUCCAACUCAACCAAGACAACAAAACGUGUGAAAUUGUGGAUUAUUGUAGCACUCAUCUGAAGUGCAGUCAGGCAUGUGAGCAGCACAAGCACAUGGUCAAGUGCUCAUGCUAUGAAGGCUGGAGGCUGGAGGCGGACGGUGAAAGCUGCACCAGUGUUGAUCCUUUUGAAGCAUUCAUCAUCUUUUCUAUUCGCCAUGAGAUCCGAAGGAUUGAUCUUCAUAAAAGAGACUAUAGCCUGUUAGUUCCUGGACUGAGAAAUACCAUCGCACUGGAUUUUCACUUCAAUCAAAGUUUACUUUAUUGGACAGACGUUGUAGAAGACAGAAUAUAUAGGGGCAAGCUUUCUGAAAGCGGAGGUGUCAGUGCCAUAGAGGUUGUGGUGCAGCACGGGCUGGCUACUCCAGAAGGCCUGACAGUUGACUGGAUAGCUGGCAACAUAUACUGGAUCGACAGCAAUCUGGACCAAAUCGAAGUGGCCAAACUGGAUGGUUCCCUAAGAACUACGCUGAUAGCAGGAGCCAUGGAACACCCCAGGGCCAUUGCACUGGACCCAAGAUUUGGGAUUCUUUUCUGGACAGACUGGGAUGCCAAUUUUCCUCGCAUAGAAUCAGCUUCUAUGAGUGGUGCUGGGAGAAAAACCAUCUACAAAGACAUGAAAACCGGGGCUUGGCCGAAUGGACUAACUGUGGACCACUUCGAAAAAAGGAUAGUUUGGACAGAUGCCAGGUCAGAUGCUAUUUACUCGGCCCUCUAUGAUGGAACAAACAUGAUAGAGAUCAUUCGAGGUCACGAGUACCUUUCCCACCCCUUUGCUGUGUCUCUGUAUGGGAGCGAGGUUUACUGGACAGACUGGAGGACCAACACACUGUCGAAGGCCAACAAGUGGACAGGGCAGAAUGUCAGUGUGAUCCAGAAAACCAGCGCGCAGCCAUUUGACCUUCAGAUUUACCACCCUAGUCGCCAACCACAGGCUCCCAAUCCUUGCGCAGCCAAUGACGGGAGAGGCCCCUGCUCUCACCUGUGCCUGAUUAACCACAACAGGACUGCCGCCUGUGCUUGUCCGCACCUGAUGAAGCUUGCCUCAGACAAGAAGACCUGCUACGAAAUGAAAAAAUUUCUUCUUUAUGCAAGGCGCUCUGAAAUCAGAGGUGUGGAUAUUGACAAUCCAUAUUUUAACUUUAUCACUGCCUUCACGGUCCCUGAUAUUGAUGAUGUUACCGUGAUAGACUUUGAUGCCUCUGAGGAACGUUUAUACUGGACAGAUAUUAAAACACAAACAAUUAAAAGGGCUUUUAUUAAUGGAACUGGGUUAGAAACCGUUAUUUCAAGAGAUAUUCAGAGUAUCAGAGGGCUAGCAGUGGACUGGGUCUCCCGUAAUUUAUACUGGAUUAGUUCUGAAUUUGAUGAAACCCAAAUUAAUGUGGCAAGGUUAGACGGCUCUUUGAAAACCUCAAUUAUCCAUGGAAUCGAUAAGCCGCAGUGUCUUGCAGCUCACCCAGUCAGGGGGAAACUCUACUGGACAGAUGGAAAUACAAUUAACAUGGCAAACAUGGAUGGGAGUAAUAGCAAGAUUCUUUUCCAGAAUCAAAAGGAGCCAGUUGGUCUAUCAAUAGACUAUGUGGAAAACAAGCUUUAUUGGAUCAGUUCAGGAAAUGGAACCAUAAAUAGAUGCAACUUGGAUGGUGGUAAUUUGGAAGUAAUAGAGUCAAUGAAAGAAGAAUUAACAAAAGCUACAGCCUUAACUAUCAUGGAUAAGAAGCUCUGGUGGGCAGACCAGAACUUAGCUCAGCUGGGAACCUGCAGCAAAAGAGAUGGGAGAAACCCUACCAUUCUGCGAAAUAAGACUGCUGGGGUUGUUCAUAUGAAAGUGUAUGAUAAACAAGCCCAGCAAGGCAGCAAUUCUUGCCACCUAAACAAUGGUGGGUGUUCUCAGCUUUGUUUGCCAACCUCUGAAAAUACGCGAACAUGCAUGUGUACCGUGGGGUACUAUCUCCAGAAGAACCGCAUGUCCUGCCAAGGUAUAGAAUCAUUUCUUAUGUACUCCGUUCAUGAAGGAAUCAGGGGAGUACCUCUUGAACCAAGUGACAAAAUGGAUGCUUUGAUGCCUAUAUCAGGAACCUCAUUUGCUGUGGGAAUAGAUUUCCAUGCAGAAAAUGAUACCAUCUAUUGGACUGACAUGGGCUUCAAUAAAAUCAGUAGAGCUAAAAGAGAUCAAACUUGGAAAGAAGAUAUCAUUACCAAUGGCUUGGGCAGAGUGGAAGGGAUAGCUGUUGACUGGAUUGCUGGUAACAUAUAUUGGACAGAUCAUGGUUUCAACUUAAUUGAAGUUGCAAGACUGAACGGCUCUUUCCGUUAUGUUGUUAUUUCCCAAGGCCUGGACCAGCCAAGAUCUAUAGCUGUGCACCCAGAGAAAGGUUUCCUGUUCUGGACCGAAUGGGGGCAGAUGCCCUGCAUAGGGAAAGCUCGCCUAGACGGCUCAGAGAAGCUUGUCCUUGUGAGCACCGGGAUAGCGUGGCCCAACGGAAUCUCCAUCGACUAUGAGGAAAAUAAAUUGUACUGGUGUGAUGCGCGCACAGACAAGAUAGAAAGAAUUGACCUCGAGACAGGAAGCAAUCGCGAGAUGGUGCUGUCAGGGAGCAAUGUGGAUAUGUUUUCAGUUGCCGUCUUUGGGGCUUACAUCUACUGGUCUGACAGGGCACACGCCAACGGGUCCAUCAGGAGGGGCCACAAGCAGGAUGCCACCGAAACGGUGACCAUGAGAACAGGACUUGGAGUCAACCUGAAGGAGAUUAAAAUCUUUAACCGAGUAAGAGAGAAAGGAACCAAUGUUUGUGCUAAGGAUAAUGGUGGCUGUAUACAACUCUGUCUUUAUCGAGGAAAUUCUCGAAGAACUUGUGCUUGUGCCCAUGGAUAUUUGGCAGAAGACGGAGUUACUUGCCUAAGGCAUGAAGGCUAUUUGCUGUAUUCAGGGAGAACAAUAUUAAAAAGUAUACAUCUUUCUGAUGAAACCAAUUUAAAUUCCCCAAUAAGGCCAUAUUGGAAUCCACAUUAUUUUAAGAAUGUCAUAGCCUUGGCUUUUGACUAUAACCAAGGAAGAAAAGGCACCAACAGAAUCUUUUACAGUGAUGCACACUUUGGAAAUAUACAGCUUAUUAAAGAUAACUGGGAAGACAGACAAGUGAUUGUUGAAAAUGUGGGCUCUGUGGAAGGACUGGCCUAUCACCGAGCCUGGGAUACCCUGUACUGGACCAGCUCCACGACCUCGUCCAUAACCAGACACACGGUGGACCAGACCCGGCCUGGAGCAUUUGAUAUGGAAGCAGUCAUCACUAUGUCAGAGGACGACCACCCCCAUGUGCUAGCUUUGGAUGAAUGCCAAAAUUUGAUGUUUUGGACCAACUGGAAUGAACAGCACCCAAGCAUUAUGAGAUCUACCUUGACUGGGCAAAAUGCUCAAGUGGUGUUAAGCACAGACAUCCUUACUCCAAAUGGACUCACCAUUGACCACCGUGCAGAGAAGCUGUAUUUCUCAGAUGGCAGCUUAGGAAAAAUUGAAAGGUGUGAAUAUGAUGGCUCCCAGAGAUAUGUGAUUGUUAAAUCUGGGCCAGGAACUUUCCUUAGUUUGGCAGUUUAUGACAAUUAUAUCUUCUGGUCAGACUGGGGAAGAAGAGCUAUCCUGCGUUCCAACAAAUAUACAGGCGGGGAUACAAAAAUUCUUCGUUCUGAUAUUCCACACCAGCCAAUCGGGAUCAUAGCUGUGGCCAAUGACACCAAUACCUGCGAACUUUCUCCAUGUGCACUACUGAAUGGAGGCUGUCACGACCUCUGCCUUUUAACUCCAGAGGGGAGAGUCAAUUGUUCCUGCAGGGGAGACCGGAUACUGUUGGAGGGCCACAGAUGUGCGACUAAAAAUUCCUCUUGCAACAUUUAUUCAGAGUUUGAGUGUGGGAACGGUGAGUGUAUUGACUAUCAGUUCACCUGUGAUGGCAGCCCUCACUGUAAGGAUAAAUCAGACGAAAAACUGCUCUACUGUGAAAACAGAAGCUGUCGAAGAGGUUUUAAGCCUUGCCAUAAUCGCCGCUGCAUUCCUCAUGCCAAGUUAUGUGACGGGGAAGAUGACUGCGGUGACAACUCUGAUGAAUUAGACUGUAAAGUUUCAGCCUGUGCCACUGUGGAGUUCCGCUGUGCAGAUGGGACUUGCAUUCCAAGAUCAGCACGAUGCAACCAGAACAUAGAUUGUGCAGAUGCUUCAGAUGAAAAGAACUGCAAUAAUACAGAUUGCACACAUUUCUAUAAACUUGGAGUGAAAACUGCAGGAUUCAUAAAAUGCAAUUCUACCUCACUGUGUGUUCUGCCAACCUGGAUAUGCGAUGGCUCUAAUGACUGUGGAGAUUAUUCAGAUGAAUUAAAGUGCCCAGUUCAAAACAAACACAAAUGUGAAGAAAAUUAUUUUGGUUGUCCUAGUGGAAGAUGCAUUUUGAAUACAUGGAUAUGUGAUGGGCAGAAAGACUGUGAGGAUGGACUUGAUGAGCUCCACUGUGAUUCUUCUUGCUCUUGGAGCCAGUUUGCCUGCUCUGCUCAGAAGUGCAUUUCUAAGCACUGGAUUUGUGAUGGGGAGGAUGACUGUGGGAACGGGCUGGACGAGAGCGACAGCAUUUGUGGUGACAUCACGUGCGCUGCUGACAUGUUCAGCUGCCAGGGCUCCCACGCUUGCGUGCCCCGACACUGGCUCUGCGACGGUGAGCGUGACUGUCCAGAUGGAAGUGACGAGCUGUCCACAGCAGGCUGUGCUCCCAAUAAUACAUGUGAUGAAAAUGCUUUCAUGUGCCACAAUAAAGUCUGCAUUCCCAAGCAGUUUGUUUGCGACCAUGACGAUGACUGUGGAGAUGGCUCUGAUGAGUCCCUGAAGUGUGGAUACAGAGAGUGCAGUGCAGAAGAAUUCCGUUGUGCUGAUGGGCGAUGUCUUUUAAACACUCAGUGGCAAUGUGAUGGAGACCUUGACUGUCCUGACCAUUCUGAUGAAGCACCUUUAAACCCAAAGUGUAAAAAUGCAGAACAGUCAUGCAACAGUUCAUUUUUUAUGUGCAAAAAUGGCAGGUGCAUUCCCAAGGGCGGUCUCUGUGACAAUAAGGAUGACUGCGGCGAUGGCUCAGAUGAGAGAAACUGCCAUAUAAAUGAGUGUCUGAGUAAGAAAAUCAGUGGAUGUUCUCAAGAUUGUCAAGAUCUUCCAGUCAGUUACAAAUGCAAAUGCUGGCCUGGAUUCCAACUGAAGGAUGAUGGUAAAACAUGUGUGGACAUUGAUGAAUGCUCUUCAGGCUUUCCCUGUAGCCAGCAAUGCAUCAAUACCUAUGGGACCUACAAGUGCCUUUGUACAGAUGGGUAUAAAGUACAACCCAAUAACCCAAAUGGCUGCAAGUCACUUUCAGAUGAAGAACCUUUCCUCAUUCUUGCUGAUCAUCAUGAGAUAAGAAAAAUUAGCACUGAUGGCUCCAACUACACACUUUUAAAGCAGGGCUUAAAUAACGUUAUUGCUAUAGACUUUGAUUACAGAGAAGAAUUCAUCUAUUGGAUUGAUUCUAGUCGACCCAACGGAAGUCGCAUAAAUAGAAUGUGUUUAAAUGGAAGUGACAUUAAGGUAGUGCAUAACACAGCUGUCCCCAAUGCACUUGCUGUUGACUGGAUUGGAAAAAAUCUCUAUUGGUCUGACAUGGAAAAAAGGAUAAUUGAAGUAUCAAAAGUCAAUGGCUUGUACCCUACUAUACUCGUUAGCAAAAGACUGAAGUUUCCCAGGGACCUGUCUUUAGAUCCUCGAGCUGGGUAUUUGUAUUGGAUUGACUGUUGUGAGUAUCCUCACAUUGGCCGUGUUGGCAUGGAUGGAACCAACCAGAGUGUUGUCAUAGAAACCAAAAUUUCCAGGCCUAUGGCACUAACAAUAGAUUACGUCAACCAUAGACUCUAUUGGGCUGAUGAAAAUCACAUUGAAUUUAGCAACAUGGAUGGAUCUCAUAGGUACAAAGUCCCUAAUCAAGAUAUCCCAGGGGUGAUUGCACUAACAUUGUUUGAAGACUACAUCUACUGGACUGAUGGGAAAACCAAGUCACUCAGCCGUGUCCAUAAAACCUCGGGAGCAGACAGACUCUCACUGGUUAGCUCAUGGCAUAUCAUCACAGAUGUCCAAGUGUAUCAUUCUUACAGACAGCCUGAUGUCUCCAAACAUCUCUGCAUGGUAAAUAAUGGUGGUUGCAGUCACCUGUGCCUGUUAGCUCCUGGGAAGACCCACACCUGUGCAUGUCCCACCAACUUCUACCUUGCAGCUGAUAACAGGACUUGUCUAUCCAACUGCACAGCCAGUCAAUUUCGUUGCAAAACUGACAAAUGCAUCCCGUUCUGGUGGAAAUGUGACACCGUGGAUGACUGUGGCGACGGAUCUGAUGAACCGGAGGACUGUCCUGAGUUUAAAUGUCAGCCCGGCCGAUUUCAGUGUGGCACUGGACUCUGUGCUUUGCCUGCAUUCAUCUGUGAUGGAGAGAAUGAUUGUGGGGACAACUCAGAUGAACUCAACUGUGACACACAUGUUUGCCUGUCGGGUCAGUUCAAGUGUACCAAGAACCAGAAAUGCAUCCCAGUAAACCUCAGAUGCAACGGGCAGGACGACUGUGGGGACGAAGAAGAUGAAAGAGACUGCCCUGAAAACAGCUGUUCUCCUGACUAUUUCCGAUGUAAAACCACCAAACACUGCAUUUCCAAGCUGUGGGUUUGUGACGAGGAUCCAGACUGUGCAGAUGCAUCGGAUGAAGCCAACUGCGAUAAAAAGACAUGUGGACCGCAUGAAUUCCAGUGUAAAAACAGCAACUGUAUUCCAGAUCACUGGCGAUGUGAUAGCCAGAAUGACUGCAGCGAUAAUUCUGACGAAGAAAAUUGUAAGCCACAGACUUGUACAUUGAAAGAUUUUCUAUGUGCCAGUGGCGACUGUGUUUCUUCAAGGUUUUGGUGUGAUGGAGAUUUUGACUGCGCAGAUGGCUCUGAUGAGAGAAACUGUGAAAUAAGCUGUUCCAAAGAUCAGUUUCAGUGUUCCAACGGUCAGUGUAUACCAGCAAAAUGGAAAUGUGAUGGCCAUGAAGACUGUAAAUACGGUGAAGAUGAGAAAAGUUGUGAGCCAGCUUCUCCUAGUUGCUCAUCAAGAGAAUAUAUAUGUACCAGCGGAGGAUGUAUUUCAGCAUCUUUGAAAUGUAAUGGAGAAUAUGACUGUGCUGAUGGUUCAGAUGAGAUGGGCUGUGUGACUGAAUGUAGGGCAGAUCAGUUUCGAUGCAAAAACCGAGCCCACUGUAUUCCAGUGAGAUGGCUGUGUGAUGGAAUUCAUGACUGUGUGGACGGAAGUGAUGAAGAGGUCUGUGACACAGGAGGAAAUAUAUGUAGACCUGAUGAGUUCCUAUGCAAUAAUUCCCUGUGCAAACUAUACUUCUGGGUCUGUGAUGGACAGGAUGACUGUGGAGACAACUCAGAUGAAGCCCCAGAUAUGUGUGUUAAGUUUCUUUGCCCACCCACAAGACCACACAGAUGCAGAAAUAAUAGAAUAUGCCUACAGUCCGAGAAAACGUGCAAUGGCAUUGAUGAUUGUGGGGACAACUCAGAUGAAGAUCAUUGUGGUAAGGUUACAUACAAAGCAAAGCCUUGUAAGAAAGAUGAGUUUGCUUGCAGUAAUAAAAAAUGUAUCCCCAUGGAUCUCCAGUGUGAUCGUCUCGAUGACUGUGGAGAUGGUUCCGAUGAGCAAGGCUGCAGAACAACUCCUACUGAAUAUACCUGUGAAGAUAAUGCGAAUCCAUGUGGAGAGGAUGCAUAUUGUAAUCAAAUAAAAACAUCUGUUUUCUGUCGCUGUAAGCCUGGAUUUCAGAGAAACAUGAAAAACAGACGGUGUGAAGACCUCAACGAGUGCUUGGUGUUUGGCACGUGUUCCCAGCAAUGCGUGAACAUAGAGGGAUCAUAUAAAUGUGUAUGUGACCAGAAUUUUCAAGCUCGGAAUAACACCUGCAUAGCAAAAGGCUCUGAAGAUCAAGUUCUCUACAUUGCUAAUGACACUGAUAUCCUGGGUUUUAUAUAUCCAUUCAACUACAGUGGCGAUCAUCAACAAAUUUCUCAUAUUGAACAUAAUUCAAGGAUAACAGGGAUGGAUGUAUAUUAUCAAAGAGAUAUGAUUAUUUGGAGUACUCAGUUUAAUCCAGGAGGCAUUUUCUACAAAAUGAUCCAUGAUAGAGAAAAAAGGGAAACGAAGAGUGGCUUGAUUUGUCCUGAAUUUAAAAGGCCCAGGGACAUCGCAGUAGACUGGGUUGCUGGAAAUAUUUAUUGGACUGAUCAUUCCAGAAUGCACUGGUUCAGUUACUACACCACACCCUGGGCAAACCUGAGGUACUCCGUCAAUGUGGGGCAGCUGAACGGCUCUAACUGUACCCGUCUUCUAACAAACAUGGCUGGAGAGCCCUAUGCUAUUGCAGUUCACCCGAAAAGAGGGAUGAUGUACUGGACUGUCAUUGGGGAUCACUCCCACAUAGAGGAAGCUGCCAUGGAUGGUACUCUGCGAAGGAUUUUAGUACAAAAGAACUUACAAAGACCCACAGGUCUGGCUGUGGAUCACCUUACUGAGCGCAUAUACUGGGCUGACGUCGAGCUGUCCGUUAUUGGAAGUGUUCUUUAUGACGGUUCUGAUUCAGUAGUCUCUGUCAGCAGCAAACAAGGUUUGUUACACCCACAUAGGAUUGAUAUCUUUGAAGAUUAUAUAUAUGGAGCAGGACCAAAAAAUGGUGUAUUUCGAGUACAAAAAUUUGGCCAUGGUUCAGUAGAGUACCUAGCUUUACAUGUUGAUAAGACAAAAGGCGUUUUAAUAUCUCAUCGCUAUAAACAACUAGAGUUACCUAACCCUUGCUUGGAUUUAGCCUGUGAAUUUCUCUGCUUGCUUAAUCCUCUUGGGGCCACUUGUGUGUGCCCAGAAGGAAAAUAUUUGACUAAUGGAAGCUGUAGUGAUGAAAACCUCUCAGAUAAUUCUUGCGAGAUGACUUGUGAAAAUGGAGGGCGAUGCAUUUUAAACGAGAAGGGUGACGUGAGGUGUCACUGUUGGCCGAGUUAUUCAGGAGAACGCUGUGAGAUCAACCACUGCAGCAACUACUGUCAAAACGGAGGGACUUGCACACCAUCAGCUCUAGGCAGACCCACCUGCACCUGUGCACUGGGGUUUACUGGACCAAACUGUGGAAAGACAGUCUGUGAGGAUGUUUGUCAAAAUGGAGGGACCUGCAUCGUGACUGCCGGGAACCAGCCUUUUUGCCACUGCCAGGCUGAAUACACGGGAGACAGAUGUCAGUACUAUGUAUGCCAUCACUAUUGUGUGAAUUCCGAGUCCUGCACCAUUGGCGAGGAUGGAAGUGUGGAAUGUGUCUGUCCAACACGCUAUGAAGGACCAAAGUGUGAAGUGGACAAGUGUGUAAGGUGCCAUGGGGGUCACUGCAUUAUAAAUAAAGACAAUGAAGACAUAGUGUGCAACUGUACUAAUGGGAAGAUUGCUUCUAGUUGUCAGUUAUGUGAUGGCUACUGUUACAAUGGUGGCACAUGCCAGCUGGACCCUGAGACAAAUGUACCUGUGUGUCUAUGCUCUACCAACUGGUCGGGCACACAGUGUGAGAGGCCAGCCCCAAAGAGCAGCAAGUCUGACAAUAUCAGCACAAGAAGCAUUGCCAUCAUUGUGCCUCUUGUCCUCUUGGUGACUUUGGUAACAACCUUAGUAAUUGGUUUAGUGCUGUGCAAGCGAAAAAGAAGGACAAAAACAAUUAGAAGACAGCCUAUUAUCAACGGAGGAAUAAAUGUAGAAAUUGGCAACCCAUCUUAUAACAUGUAUGAGGUAGAUCAUGAUCACAGCGGUGGAACUCUUUUGGAUCCUGGCUUUAUGGUAGAUCCUACAAAGGCCAGGUACAUAGGGGGCGGACCCAGUGCCUUCAAGCUUUCCCACGCGGCGCCGCCCAUCUACCUAAACUCUGACUUGAAAGGACCGCUGACUGCCGGGCCAACAAAUUACUCCAACCCAGUGUAUGCAAAGUUAUAUAUGGACGGGCAAAACUGUCGAAAUUCCUUAGGAAGUGUUGAUGAACGCAAAGAACUGCUUCCAAAGAAGAUAGAAAUUGGUAUAAGAGAGACAGUGGCAUAAUCAGUGAUAUCUUUUAUAUGCUGUAUAAAUGUAUAAAAAUAUAAGGAUUACUUUUGUAUGUUCCAACAGUAUUAUACUUGUUUUGGCAUCAGCGUUACCUGUUUGUUUAUCUUUUUCCUGGUUAAUUGUUUUCUGAGUAUUUUGAUUUUAUUUUUUGCUGAUGACUAUUGAUUGACCAUUUGUAUGGUAUUUUUAUGAAAAAGAACUGCACUACAGUACAAUUUCCAAUUUGCUGCUGAUAUGAUAACCUUUGAAUUUGUUAAAAUUAAAAACAACAUAUUCCUUUGUAGUGUGAAUAUGAGCAAUCUAUUUUGUAUGAACUUUUUUGGUUCUACUUAAUCAACAAAAUAAUCUCUGCACUUUUUAAUUAUAUGGUCUAAACGCUGCGAUAUGAUGUAAUUCUGUUUUUCUGUUUGAAUCGAUGGCUAACGACUGAAAGGACAACUCUCUUCUUUGUUACCUCGGACACUGAUGCAGACUUUCCUGGAAACAUGUAACCCUCACAAAUCCACCAUCCCCUGCUUUGAAAUUAGCCUUAGGUUGCCAAGCGAUAGAUAAGAAUUUUGAGGAAAAAAGUUAAAAAUAUAUAAAAUUAGAAAUUUGCAUGAACACAGAUGACUACAUUUUCCAAAACUUACUGGACUCUGUGAUAUACUAAAUGUACACAUCCUGUAAGAAAUAGUUAUAUUUUGGUGGUAGAACAUAGCAAAAACAUAACCAGAAGUGAACAGAGAACUCUUGCUAUGGCAUAAGAACUUUUGUUUCCGCGAGUGUCGAGGUAGACAGCUAGCCUACAGUACACCAGUGUUCUCAUGUCUUAGGUAAUUCUUGCCGAAACCAUGCAUCUUGUGGAAGACUAACCCAACCCUUUACCACACUGAACAUUAAGGGAUAACAUAUAAGCACACAAAUUGAGGACAGAAUUUUAAUUAUGUGAAUGCAUUCUCUGUGCUCAGUCCAAAAGAAGAGGCAAAACAUCCAUUUUGGUACAGAGUGAUUGGUGGUUAUUUUCAAACACAAAAUGACUAAUUCAUCAUUUGCCCUACUCGAAAUACAUUCUUCAGUAAUCUUCCAAGUUGUAGAAGAACAAAUAUCUGCCCAUAAUCAAAGGUGGAGAGUAUAAAUGCUGUACCACUUGCUCUGGUACUCGGGUUUCCUUUUGGUUAUACAAAACAACUGGAUCCCAUUUGGUUUUUUGUUUGUUUGUUUUGAUUUUCAAAUUUUGAUUGAAAGUAUGGUUUAUUUAAAUUGUAUAAAAAGGAGAGCAAUUUUUAUACAAAUAUCUUUAAAGGCACAAAAGAUUUAUUCACAAGUUGUAGAGGGCUUUUUGUUCCUCUGAUAGACAUGACUGACUUUUAACUGUCAUAAUGUAUUAACCUAACAGAUGAAAUAUGUUUGUGGUUGCUCUUUAUCCCUUUGUACAAGCAUUAAAAAAACUGCUGUUUUAUAAGAAGACUUUUUGUUGUACUAUGUGCAUGCAUACUACCUAUUUCUAAACUUUGCCAUAUGGAGGCCUUUAUAAACUAUUGAUUUAUGUAAUACUAGUGCAAUUUUGCUUGAAAAAUGUUAUGCAUAUCAUAAACUUUUUCAGGUUCUUGUUUAAGUACA